CCGACGCAGCUCAUAUAUCAUCAUGGCGUCUUUACAGGACAAAGUCACCAUCAUUACAGGUGCAAGUUCGGGUAUUGGAGAAUCAACUGCAUUACUGUUUGCUGAGAGCAAAGCAAAGGUAGUUCUAGCAGCUAGAAAUGUCGAGAAUCUUGAGAUAGUAGCAUCCUUGUGUAAGUCUAAAGGAUUAUCGAAAAAUGAUAUAUUGGUUAUUCCUUGCGACGUCACUAAUGACGACAAUUUGAAGACAUUAGUCGAUGAGACCGUAAAGAAAUUUGGAAGAAUUGAUGUUCUGAUCAAUAAUGCAGGUAAAGGAAAUAUGGGUAAUGUAACGGCGACAUCAGCAGCUACUCUAGACGAUACAAUGAACACCAACUUCAAAUUGAGUUAUAAUUUGUCCAGGCUUUGUGUUCCACAUCUUAUUAAUUAA